CCUAACUAAGAAGUCCACAGUAGACAUUUCCCACUAUAGUGCCAAGCUGCAAAGUCGAAAUUGGCAUAAAUCGUGAAAAUGUAUGAAGACGUCAAUUCGCUUUUUGCUCUUCAUUUAAGCGUAGGUCAGGCACACGUUUAGGAGUAUGGUUAAUGUUAGCGUUAAUUUUGAAAUCCGAUUUUUAAAGAAGAUAAAUUGUAGAACUUCCGGGUUUUGCAGCUUGGCCAUAUAGUGACAACCCCUCAGACAGGCCAGCGGUGUGUUGUCAGUUUCUCUCGUCUCACUGAGUUGUGUUCACAGCUAAUGCACGGACACGGACCGGACCGCCCGUCUGCCAGUGGGUUGACGAUCUGCGGUACUUUGUUGUCCCUGCUACUUUUUACAGCCUGAGUAGCAUAGCCCCCCAUCCCUCCCUACAUCCCUCCCUCCUAGACAGGGUGUGUCAGUCGGGCGUGUCCUUUCUCUCUCUCUCUCCUUCAAUCAGCAGACAGGAGCAGCCAAUCAGAAGCAGCCAUGUCGGGGUUCAAUCUGCUACACCUGAUCACCAAUGCCAAGCCUGUUACUCUGAAGCCAUGUGGGCUCCCUUCAGGAACCUGCCGGACCAAGAAGACAUGGCCCAAGUCCUUCUCUCAGGAGGAGCUGAAGAAACGUCUCUCCCCCAUUCAGUUCCAUGUCACCCAGGAGAAAGGAACAGAGAGUGCCUUCAGAGGGGAAUACACUGAAUAUAAAGAGGAUGGCAUCUACACCUGUGUCGUCUGUGGCUCCCCGCUGUUCAAGUCAGAGACCAAGUUUGACUCUGGAUCAGGUUGGCCUUCCUUCUAUGACCUGGUAAAGGAGGAGUCAGUCACUGUAACAGACGAUUUCGCCUACGGGAUGCACAGAGUUGAGACCAGCUGUAGUCAGUGUGGUUCUCACCUCGGACACCUGUUUGAUGACGGCCCCAGACCCACAGGGAAACGAUACUGCAUCAACUCUGCCUCUCUGGGCUUCCAGUCCGCCUCAGCCUCUAGGCCACCCAGCAACGGAGAUGGGACAGGGGCAGGAGCUGGGGCUGGGGCUGGGGCAGGGCCUGGGGCUGGGGCUGGGGCUGGUGGUGCGGUCGGGGGCAAGACUGAGCUCUGAGUAAAUGGUCUCCUUGGUCUUGGACAGAUUUCAGGAAUACAGGAAGUACAGGCACGGUCACUCACUCCUUAUCCAAACUGGUGGCCUAGGUCCUGGUCGAAAUGUUACGAACAGAACAGAGAACAGCUGGAGAAUAUAGGUUACACAGAACCCGGAAACAGUCAGCCAACUAGGUUACACAGAUCUGAAAACGGUCAGACAACUAGGUUACACAGAACCCGAAAACAGUCAGACAACUACAGUCAGCUCAAUAAGGGGCCAUCGUCACCCCUUAGAAACAUGUGGAACAUGAUGCCUCUUCUGUGCUCAUGUAGGUUACACACACCCAAACACAGUCGGUCAAACACAGUCGGUCAAACACAGUCGGUCAAAUGACCCCAGUGGCCAUGUAACAAGCUGGCCCACCUCUGGCUACCAGCCUUAAUAAAGUCCCAGGUCUCUACUGUACUAUCCAACUGUCUGAGGAGGCACAUAUUGGAUGCAGUUUCACGUUGCUAUCAUUGCUUUCAUACCGUUUACAAGUUUAGAUUAUAUUUUAAAGUAUAAAUAUCAACUGUUAUAUAUUUUUCUUUCUAGUAUAUUUAAAACUUUAUGCUUUUUUUGGGGGAAAAAAGUGAAUGAAUUAUAUAUUAUUAUGAUUGUGUGGACUUGACUUUGAAGAACAAUGUGUGUUGUUUAAUAAAUAAAUAAAAAGUGAUAUUUGAUACAGAGGGGUUGAUAGUUUAAGGACGACGCUCCUAUGAGCUGUAAAAUAAACACUAAGAGGAUAAAUAAGCAUUCUGUCCAAUAAGAAAGACACACACUACACACACACACACACACACUACACACACUACAUACACACACACACACACACACA